GUUUGGCUUAAGAAAAGGAUGUCAUUCUGAUGUGGAGACUGGAUACCGUCUGCAUUCCACUGACUCUGAUGAUCAGGUUGAUACUAUUCAUAAUGGACUUGACCGUUGUGCAGCUUUACUGAAGAAUAUCUUACAAAAUGAGGCCACAGGAUGUCAAAAUGUUACAGCUGUUAGUUAUCGAUUACCUACCUCCACAUCAGCUCUGUCCCUGCAGCAUUCAGCUAAUCUUUUAUCUACUCAGUCAGAUGUUCCUGUAGACAGUAGCAAUGAACAUGUGCUAGAGAUGGGAGAACCUGUGGUUUGCCCACUAGUAUCUGCUGCUCCUACUACUGCUGUGCAAAUACAGUCUGCCACUGCUCCUCCUUGUGUGAUCCCUUGUGUAGCAUCAGGUGCAUUAAGUAACUCUACAGUGCCUACGUUAGUCCCAUCCUCCUCUGGCCAAGAGAUGACCCCAAACCAUGAGCAACAGAUGAAGGAAGCUGAUUUGAUAAGAUGCCUACAAGCUCACCUGGCCCUGUUACAGUCACAUGAAAUAAUGAAUGGCAGGACUGAACAGAAGUGCCAUCAUUGUCCAGCAAAACAUAGUGCUUCAAGUAACCAGGAGGACGAUACUUCUGAAGAACACAGCGAGGACAUGGUCAGUGAAGAAGCCCCAGUGAGAGAUACAAGCUGUAAGACAAGUUUUGUGAAGGAAGUUCUAAAGUCUAGAAAAGAAAGUCCAGAAGAAACAGCCCAUAAAGUUAAGACUAUAAAAUAUCUUCUGGGAGAGCUCAGAGCACUGAUAACAGAUCAAGGUGACUCAGAGGUGUUAAGGCUGAUGAGUGACCUGGAAGCCUGCGUAGCAUUGCUCCCAGCUGUGGUGGGAAGUGUGAACGUGCAGGCUGAAAUAGCACUGGCUUUGCAGCCCCUCCGAAGUGAGAACGCCUGCCUGAGGAGGAGACUCAGAAUAUUAAACCAAAAACUUGAGGAACGAGAAAGAAGUGAGAAGACAUCUGGACAGAGCUGCAAUUAUGAAUUUUCUUUGCAGUCCUUGAGUAUGAUGCUCCAGAGUCAAUUGAAAGAAUCACUGAAAGGCCUUGAGUCACUGCAGGCUAAAAAUGAAGAAUUACUUAAAAUAAUAGAAAGCCAGAAAAAAGAAAAUAAACAUCUUGCAAAAGAUAUUCAAGAUAAAGAGCAAGAAUUGCUUGAAAACAAACAGCAUUAUGACAUUCAUUCCACCAAGCUCAAGAUUGAAAUGGAAGAGGCAUUAGCAAAUGUGAAGAGCCUUCAGUUUAAGCUGGAAGCUUCAGAGAAAGAAAAUAAGAUUUUGGGCAUAACGCUGCGUCAGCGUGAUGCGGAAGUGACCAGGCUGCGGGAGCUCACCAGAACCCUGCAGGGCAGUAUGGCCAAAGUUCUGUCUGAUCUCACAGUAGACAAUAUUAGAUCCAAACGUGAAAAAGGUCUCUCGAAGUCUCUCUUGGAAGACCAUGAAAAGCAAAUGCAGCCUGAUCCAUUUCCUGGGAGUACUUCAGUAAUGACUUACUUUAAAAAAUUAGAAAUGGAUCAUGUUUUGACAAAUACAGAACUUCAGUUCUCAAAUAAAAGUGGAGAAUUAGAAAUGCGAAAUCCAGCCUUUGGAAAGUCUGCUGCUGCUGAAGGAAAUAAAGCCAGUAGUACAUUCUUAGAAGAAGUGACAUCAGCUCCCAGAAAACUAAUAACCUCACCGAAGCAAGAUGCAGAAACAGUUAGUGACUCUGGGACUUUACUAGGAGACCAAAACAGGUUGGAUGAGACUGUCUAUAUUCCCUUGACUAGCAGCGCCUCUAAAAACAACGCGCCGCUCUCUGAAGGAACUGGUGUGCUGCCCCGAAGCAGAGGGGCGUGUAAGGCAUUGGGGUACAACUGUGAGCUCUCAAACUCUGUGCAGCAGGAUGGAGGUGAGUUAUCAAGGGAGCCAACUGUUCUGGAUAAAUUAACUGCUGGGUACAGUGUGAAAAAGACUAUGGAAAACACACUUGAAGUUACAGGGGGUAAAGUGAAGCCAGAAGGACACAAAUUCCAAAUGAGGCCAAAGGGAACUCCGAGUGGAGCUGCAAAAGACUUCACUGGUAAGGCAGAGCAGCCUCAGCCUGGUACAUACCCUCGCCUUCCAGUGCCCUUUCAGAAAGAGGUUUCUCAGAAAAACGGCAGUGAAAUAACUCACUUUAGUUCCACUUUAUUCAAUGACAUAUCAGGAAGGUCUGAGUGGAGUGCAUCCUCUUUCUCAACAUUUACUUCUCGAGAUGAAGAGGACUUCAAGAAUAGCUUAGCAGCCUUGGAUGCCAACAUAGCUAGGUUACAAAGAACUCUGCAAAACAGCAUUAUGAAACAAUGA